CUUGACGUGUGAUUUCUGCUUGUACCCAGCGUUGACUUCUUCAGAUUUUGCAAGAAGGCCCCUCGUGAAGAGUUUGCAACGCAGCUCCAGUGUGUGAAAUGUGGGACACGGAGCCAUGAGCCGCACAGACGAAAGAGAAGUAGACUUGAGAAGCUGCAGUGUGGAUGACAGCCCCAAUGACAGCUGGUCCUGGGUCCAGACCAUGAACUAUGUGGGCCAGCUGGCGGGCCAGGUGUUCGUGCAGGUCAAGGAGCUGUACCGAGGACUCAACCCCGCGACGCUGUCCGGCUGCAUCGACGUCAUCGUGGUGCGCCGGCCCGACGGCUCGCUGCACUGCUCCCCGUUCCACGUGCGCUUCGGCAAGAUGGGCGUGCUGCGGUCCCGCGAGAAAGUGGUGGACAUCGAGGUCAACGGGGAGCCGGUGAGUCUGCACAUGAAGCUGGGGGAGAACGGAGAGGCCUUCUUCGUGGAGGAGGCCGAGGGCGCGCUGGAAGUCGUUCCUUCGCAUCUCGCAACAUCACCCAUUAUGUCGAGGGGCGAGGUGCUGAUGGAGUCCCAGCUGGGCAGGAGCGGCUGUCGUCAGCACGACUCCAUCACCCGCAGCCCAGCUCCACCCCAGCACCCGGCACCGCAGCAAAGUGAAGGCGGGAUGGCGAAGAAGAGGAGGAAGAGGAGGAGGAAGCCGCGGCCAGACGGGGGCGCCGGGAGGAGAGAGGAGAGCGGGGACGAGUUCUCGGAGGACGAGGACAUGUUCACCAUCGACCUGAGCUCAGACGAGGACGGAGAGGGAGGCGGCGGCAGACCUGUGUAUGGAGACCAGACGUCCUCACGCUCCACCUGGGCCUGUCCUCAGAGCAACGACCUCACGGAGCCUCUGUCCGCGCCUCCUCACUGUGGCCUCUCCAUCUCCUGCCCUCCACACGCCUCUCACUUCCCGUCCCCUCCCAGCUCCGACAACUCCUGCUCCUCGACGCCGAAGAGCGACUCGGAGCUCAGCACCCGGAGCAAGGACAACCCAGAGAUGCUGUGGAGCUGGGGGGAGCUGCCCCAGGCUGCGCAGCCGCCCUUCCUCACCUCGCACCUGAAGCCGGCCGCCGCCGCCGCGCCUUCCGUCCCGCUGUCCGGCAGCACUCAUUUCAGAGCCAUCCACGCCGCUGGAUCCUCCUCCAUCAGCGGCGAGGACAAGGAGGCUGAGGAAGCGAAGAGCAGAGCCACGGAUGAAGCAGCGAGGGCUGAGGAGAGGCCUGGAGGACAGCAGGAGGCCGUAUGUUUUGGUUCAUCCGGUGCAGACGCGCAUCCUCCGAAGCUUCAGGCCGAACACGUGGGUGAAGGCGCCAGAAGAACAGAGUCGCCGUCCAGGAGGAAAGAGAGGAGGAGCCAGCACCUGGGGGCCGACGGCGUGUACCUGGACGACAUCACGGAGCUGGAGCCUCAGGUGGCCGCGCUCUACUUCCCCAAAAGCGACGACGGCGGCGGCUCCAAAGGCGACGCGGAGGUGAUGGCGCUGAUGGGGCUGCGCGGCUCCAACCGCUCCCCGCAGUCGGUGGGCAGCAGCGGCGGCGACAGCGGCGUGGACAGUCUGCCCGAGCUGCCGCACGUCGCCAUCUCGCUGUGCGGAGGACUCACGGACGACGGCGGCAUCACGGCGGGGCAGUUCCAGGAGAGGACGGUCUCCUUCCAGCAGUUCUCCGAGAACCCCUCCAUCAUCGAUGACCCCAACCUGGUGGUCAGGAUCGGAAGCAAGUAUUAUAACUGGAGCACGGCGGCGCCCGUCAUGCUGGCCAUGCAGGUGUACCAGAAGCCGCUGCCGCAGUGCUGGUGUCUGAGCUACGUCUUUUCCGCCUUCGGCCUGUUCUCCUACUGCCUCCCUGGUCUGUUUGGCUCCAGCUCCUCACGGCCCGCCUCGGUGGAGAACAUCAUGAAAGAGAAGAUGCCAAAGAAGGGCGGGCGCUGGUGGUUCUCGUGGAGGAGCAGGAACAGCGAGUUGAUAUCAGAAGCAGCAGAGGCAGGAGGAGACAGAGAGCUCGCCAUGAACAGGAUGAAGGACGAGUCAUCCUCCAGCGACGAGGACCGCGGCUCCUUCAAGCCGGCGCCGCAGCCCAUGGCGACGUCCAGCAGCUUCUGCUUUAAGAAGACGCUUCGUCUCACCUCAGAGCAGCUGGCCAGCCUCCAGCUGCAGGACGGUCCUAACGAGGUGGUCUUCAGUGUGACCACCCAGUACCAGGGCACCUGUCGCUGUCAUGGAACCAUCUACUUGUGGAGCUGGGACGACAAAAUCGUCAUCUCGGACAUCGACGGGACCAUCACCAGGUCAGACACGCUGGGUCACAUCCUCCCCACGCUGGGCAAAGACUGGACCCACCAGGGCAUCGCGCGGCUCUACCACAGAGUCAGCCAGAAUGGCUACAAGUUCAUGUACUGCUCGGCGCGGGCCAUCGGCAUGGCCGGCAUGACGCGAGGAUACCUGAACUGGGUCAACGAGAGAGGGACCAUGCUGCCCAUGGGCCCGGUGCUGCUCAGCCCCAGCAGCCUGUUCUCGGCGCUGCACAGGGAGGUGAUCGAGAAGAAGCCAGAGAGGUUCAAGAUCGAGUGUCUCACCGACAUCAAGCACCUUUUCCACCCGAACGCCGAGCCGUUCUACGCCGCGUUUGGCAACCGAGCGACGGACGUGUUCUCCUACAAGGAGGUGGGCGUGUGUCUGAGCCGCAUCUUCACCGUCAACCCCAGGGGGGAGCUGGUGUCGGAGCGCGCGAGGGCCGACGUCUCCUCCUUCGGGCGCCUGUGCGACAUGGUCGACCACGUGUUCCCCGUCACCGCUCGAGGGGAGGGAGGCGGUCCGUUCGACCAGCGCGGCUGCUGGAGCGGAGAGGAGUCCGGUGGCGUCGCUCAGGGAGGAGAAGAAGAAGAACGGGCGGAGACGCGGCGUCUGGAGACCAACUGAGGCCGUCCUCCAUCACAGAACGUCUGGCGCCGGGCUCAGUGGGUUCUCACCCUGGUUGUUGCGGACGGAACAUUUAACCUGGAGCUGUGAGGUCGGACCACGUGAGACCGCUGCAGCAGAACAGACGGACCCAAAGGGGCCCUCCUUUAAUAACGAACACCUACAAAGAAGCCAUAUUCAGAGUCCGGGAGCGUUGGACAACAGCUGAUUCUGUUACUGCCAAUACAAAAAGCACAAAAGCUCGCCAUUUAAAGCUCAUUAAGUUAAUGCCAUAAACUGAAUGUGUUACAGACCGGAACCAGCUCCUCCACAUCUAAUCACGACUGACGGGAAAAUGCUCUUAAAUCAGCCCGUGCAUCUAUUUAUCUCGGUUCUUUAUUGACGUGGAAUGUUUUCACCACGUGGUGAGUUUCAUCUGCUUCUGGUUUUGUUCGUCUUCUGACCGAGCUACUGUGAAAAACAUGCUCUGGGACAACUCCCAACCAUUAUAGUGAAGAGUAACGCAGAACAAUGCAACUGCAGUAAGUUAUGUGUGUUUGUGUGUGGAGAUAGAACCACAGCAUGUGCUGUCGUGAAAGCGGAUCCAGCUCGUUCUGUGUUCGCUGACGUCGGUGCUGCACUGAUCUGUAUGUUCUCAAUGCGCUAAAGGAGAAGUGAUUCUACAAAAAAAAAAAAAAAAUCUCCUCAAGUGAAUUUCUUUUGUUUCUGCUGUACAGAAAAAUAUGAGGUGUUUAACGUGACGUCUGUGAAUUCAGGUUGUUUGGUGCCUCUGACUCAUCACAAGUUCAUCACUUUUCUGUUCUUUAUUAAAUUAACCUGCACGGAGACGUUCUGUUCAUGUUGAAACUUUUAUUGAGGACCUUUAUUUUGAAUCAACGUUCAUGUGGUGAACAUCACCUCCUUCUUUCUGUGAAAGAUUGAUCACUCUGACUAGUUCUCCAGUCUGUGUUGUGUUCAUGUCGCUUAAUGCACUGUGCUGUUGCCAUUUUCAAUAAAGUCAGUAGUGAUUGAUUUGUGUUACUGUCAUUGCUAUGAAUAAAAAUCAGCCCAGCCUCA